AUGGCCCGAGCAUCGACGCUGAAAGCUGCAGGCCUGUUAGACCAGGGCCAAGAUGGCGACGGCGGGAACGACACACUGCCGCUACGGACCCCCCUGGUCUCCCACAACUUACCGGUAACACAAGACUUCCUGCAGAACUGCUUUGAGGACAUGUCCAGCAAAAUUCUGGCGUCCAUCCAAAGCACCCUGAGGGAGCUUAGCAAAGAUGUGCAGGAGCUGGGGGACAGAACAGCGCGUGGAGGAGAAGGCAUCUGCUCAUAA